AUGUGCGCGGAGCUCGGCGGAAAGCUGGCGGCCCCGGCGCUGCUGCUGGCCCUGCUGAUGGCCGUGCUGCUGGCCAGCGCCCGGGCGGCAGCGGGCACUGAGGCCACGCACCCGCCGGAGGGGCCGCAGGACAGGACCCCGCAGCAGAAGGGGCGCCUGUCCCUGCAGAACACAGCUGAGAUCCAGCACUGCCUGGUAAAUGCUGGCGAUGUGGGAUGUGGAGUGUUUGAGUGCUUUGAGAACAAUUCUUGCGAGAUCCGAGGCUUACACGAGAUCUGCAUGACAUUCCUGCACAACGCUGGAAAAUUCGAUGCCCAGGGAAAAUCCUUCAUUAAAGACGCUCUGAAGUGUAAGGCUCAUGCCUUGAGGCAUAAAUUCAGCUGCAUCAGCCGUAAGUGCCCUGCCAUUAAAGAGAUGGUGUUCCAGUUACAGCGGGAGUGCUACCUGAAGCAUGACCUCUGCUCUGCUGCCAAGGAGAACGUCCAGGUCAUUGUGGAGAUGAUUCACUUCAAAGACCUGCUGCAGCAUGAGCCUUACGUUGACCUAGUGAACAUCCUGCUCACCUGCGGCGAGGAGGUGAAAAAGGCAAUAACCAGGAGUGUGCAGGCCCAGUGUGAACAGAACUGGGGAAGCCUCUGCUCCAUCCUGAGCUUCUGCACCUCGGCCGUGCACGGAGACGCCGUCCUGGCGGAGAAGAAGGUGGGGGAAGGCAGCAGGGCCGGUGCUGGCCGCGGGGACAUGGUGGCCCACGCCGACCCCGAGCACAGGGAGAGCUCACGAGCAGCCAAGGGAGAGAGAGGUACCAAGGGCCACUCCAGCAGCCGGGUCAAAGCUGGGGGCCACAAAGGGGCCCACGGGAUCCUGGACCGGGCAGAGGAACUGUCCGACUUCUCCGACAUCAGGAGGUAACGGCGACCAAUCUCCACAGAACGAGUUAGUAAAGGUGAAGAGUGUCAAGAGCUUAUUGUCUUUAAGCAGUUUCAAGUGUGAAUGAGGUGUUUGGCCAUAUCUCUCCUACCCCCUAUGCAAUUGUUAUUCUCAGGUUGCAGCUCUGCAAUCCUAUUUAUUCCCAGAUAUUGUACUGGAAGUGGAGGCUGCGGCACCCACAGGGACAGGAGGGUGAGCUCUCAGCUUCCUCUAGAGAGAAAAAAGGGAGUUUUUCUUAGAAAGUGGGAAUCACACCGGGGAUUGGAGCCUUCUCAUUUAGAAAGUUUGGGAGGAAGGCUGUGGGGGCAGGAAGGCAGUUCAGCAGAGACAGAACGUACCCAGUGAACCAACGUACGUCUUGCUGCAUGGUGGGAAGGAGCUGCAUAAACAGGAGAGGAGGGUGUUGGAAUUUGGCUACAAUUUCCAACUCAGAUUUCAGUUCCUGCUAAGUGAGCACGGCUCCUAAUAGCUACAUUCAGGGUUUAAUGCAGGGAUCCACCCGCAGAACUUGGAGGCACUGCUUUAAAUAGACACCACGUAGGAGGCAAGAGGGGACACUUGAGUUGAAAAGGUGUCUCUGUGACCACCAGGUCUUUGCUGGAAGCCAUGGCCUUGAUCCUGCUGGAUUUUAGCAGAGUUCUGUGGUGAAAUUUUCGUUUGGUUUCAGUGGGAAGAGCUGGGAUCAGGCCAGGUGCUGCAGCAGCAAAGACCUUGGUGAUGGUGCAGUGAGGGUGGCACCUGCCCCGUGGGGCUGGUG